AUGUCCAAACGCGUUAGAAUCUUCGACGUUGACGAACUCUCCGCUCAUACUUCGUCUUCGAGCUGCUGGAUCUCCUACAAAGGCAAGGUUUACGAUGUUACCGGUUUUCUUCAAGAUCAUCCCGGAGGCGACGACGUAUUACUCAAAUACGCUGGGCAGGAUGUUGAGAAGGUCAUGAAAGACAAGACUGAACAUGAACAUUCGGAAAGCGCUUACGACAUUUUGGACGAAUAUGUACUCGGAAGGCUUGGAAGCACAGAAAAUAUCGUUCGAGAUGGUACGAACUGGGAAGCAGAUGAUGAUUUCGACCCAGAUGCGACAGAUGCUGUCGAGGACCUAAAAAAGCACCAUUUUUUGGAUCUUCAGCAGCCUUUACUUCCGCAAUUGUGGUACGCGAAUUUUAGUAAAGCGUAUUAUCUACGUCAAGUUCAUCAGCCUAGGCACUUGAGCGACUCCGCUCGACUAUUUGGUCCUGAAUACCUUGAAGUGUUUACCAAAGCGAAGUGGUUCGUGGUGCCAAUAUUCUGGCUUCCUAUAACCUUCUAUCUUUUCCUUCGCUCUGCGCUCCAAUUCACUACUCCGCUUCCGCCGUUUUUGGUCGACCCAACUCUGCCCCUGUCUGGCAUUGUCAAUCUACCUGCAGAUUCGAUCCUCAAAACGUUGAUCUGCUUCUUCAUCGGUAAUUUCGUCUGGACCCUGUUGGAAUAUAUCUUCCACAGAUUUUUGUUCCACGUCGACUAUUACCUGCCUGACAAGCCUAUCUUUCUGCUCAUACAUUUCUUAUUGCACGGUGUUCACCACUAUGUGCCCAUGGAUCGGCUACGUCUUGUAAUGCCACCGCCUUUGUUUGCUAUGCUAGAAUGGCCAAUGACUCGUCUAGCCUACAAACUAUUCCCCUUGCCUGUCGCCAAUGGUAUUAUAUCAGGAGCUUUUGCGUUAUAUGUCCUCUAUGAUUGCAUGCAUUAUGCGCUACAUCACACUCGCCUUCCGGUAUACAUGAAUGAGAUGAAGAAAUAUCACCUUGCCCAUCAUUACAAGAAUUUCGACCUCGGCUUCGGUGUAACCAGCAAAAUUUGGGAUAUUGUUUUUAACACAGUUCUUCCGGUUUAAAAUAUGUAGAUGCACCAUUUAAUGGCAUUCUGCCCUUUUUUUUCGCCAUUUAUGCUGUGAGCCUUGAAACCUGUUGGUAGCAAAACAGUAAAUCCAUAAAUCUGAAUGCAGAUUAACGUGAACUUGAACUUAGGCACAUAUUCAAAUUUCGACCUCGGAAGUUUGUACGAUAUGAUGAGUAUACACAUAUUCGGUAGAUACAGAUAGAAGGCUGCAGGCAGGUAGACAACCUGUCAUGUAUAUGCGGGAAAUAAUCUUGUUUAUCCUUGAUAUUCUUUGAAGGACUUUGUUCCCCAUGGAGACCAUCGCCCACCC